CUUCGGUGCAUCCACAACAGACACACCCUCUAUCGCCUGAUACUGAGAGGCACGAAGCCCAGCGCCGACAUUGGCGGCAGGGCCACCUGCAAGGCAACAGGAUUCGGCACUGUCGGCCAUCGCCGCGGCCGUGUCCAGAUCGGGACUCUCUACGUGUGAAGGGCAGCAGCUCGUCCCACACUGGCAGGACUGACUGAGAGGCCCCAUCCUCAGUUCCUUCUACCACAUGUCUGGGACAUCAGCAUGUUCAGCCGCUGCUUACCCAUGGCAUUUUGGCCUUUGCCGUCGCGCCUGAUGAGCAUUUUCCACUCGCUCUGAUCCUUGUCCUCGAUCUCUUUACUCAGGCUGAUAUACCACCAGUUCAGCCCUUCAGAGCGUUCCAUCACAUGGGCUCAGAUUAGAAACAUACAUGCUUCCGCCCCACACUGCUCCUCCUGCCAGUUCGUCAAGGGGGCAGGCAGUCUGUUCUGUCUGUCUGACAGAGUUCCUGUCGUCUGCAACAUUUUGUGCUUAUCACACCUUUCUUGUUUCACUCACUGGUUGUCUGAGAGACGUGUUCGCAAAAGUGGACUGCGCUCGCCGGCCCAUCGUGCGCCGGCUGUGCGGGAGGGAAUCGUUGCCUGCAGGUCUGCGGCGUAAAGUCCUACGGACCGAAAACUCAGCCACCAGAACAACAGCCGCACACACAAGACUGCGCUUGUGCUCCUACCACAGUACUCUGCAGACACCCCCACCCCCCACGAGAUGGGAUAGAAUAGCUUAGCCAUCUCUCCCAUUGCAGCACGUUCUGGACCGCCCGGUUCCCUUUCUCCCUCUCCGUUUUUGCCCUGCUGACCUGUGAAGCUGGCCCUUGCUUUCUCUCUCUUCCUCACUUCCUCACUUCCUCCUCGCUCAUACGUCCCCGGCGCACCUGUCCCUCCUUCACCUCUGCCACUGUCCCGAUCUCGACCUUGUUCAUGAGGAUAUUGUCGUGCAUGCUGCCGCAUGUCGGCCCAUGAUUGAUUUUUUCCGAACUCGCACGGACUGGCCGGAGAAGGCAACACGUACAAGACGGAGCGCAGAACGAGAGGCUCGGUAGAGCUCGCCGGGACGCGCGGUAUGGGGAGUAGUCGUGGGGCGCGGUCGUGGGCCCCCUGCACAAUGCUGCCGCUGCUUCUGCUGCUGCUAUCCGCAGCUUUGCCCAGGCACGCCGCAGCCAUGUUCCAAGGCGACGGGAAGCGCGAAUAUGUGCACAGGGUCUACAAGGUUAAAAUCACCGAAGAUCACCUAACUCCGGAUUCUCAACUCGACAAGCGUGCAAAGGACCAGUGCCCGACAAGCUAUAGUCUGUGUUCAGCCUCGGUGGGCGGCGGCUGCUGUCCAAACGACUACUCAUGCGCGAAGGACUCAUGCUAUGCGACGACCGCCGCCGUAUCGACGUGUGCUGGGCUCGCAUCGUACUAUGCGUGCCCGCUCGAAUCUGGUGGGGGCUGCUGCCCUCAAGGUCUCAUUUGUGGUGCCAACCAGGCGUGUAGCCCGCCUGCUGGUGCUACUGUCACCCAGACAUGCCCUGGCACUGGCUACACCGCGUGUGCAGCCUCUCUCGGUGGCGGCUGCUGCCAGAGUGGUAUGGCUUGCGGGUCGUCAAAAUGCUACAGUGUGACACCGACGACGAGUGUCGCCGUCAUUGCAACCACGCAAGACGGCUCGGCAACAACGAUAACCUCCACGUCCGUGUUCACUGUAACCGGCGACCCGUCUAACUCCGAGAAUGUUGUCCCCCAAAUCUACCCAUCUACGUACCCAAAGAAGGCGGCUACAGAAGGCGACGACUCAUCCGGUGGAGGCGGCUCUGGUGGUCUUUCGAAGGGCGCGAUCGGGGGCAUUGUCGGGGGCGCAGCAGCCCUUCUGGUGAUCUUCCUGGCUGUCGCGUGGUUCCUCGUCAAACGCCUCAACAAAACUAAACGCGCAGUCGAGUCCCGCCGCGAAACAACUUCAGGCUCCGGAACCCGUCAGACCAACGAGAAGAAGUCAGCAACCCAAGUCAGCAUCGUCCGAAUGCAACAACCGACCCCGUCUGAAUUUGAUGCAAUGGACUACGACCCGCUUAUGAUGCCUUCCUCGAGCAUUGCAUCACCUCAAGGGCAGAACAUGGGUCCUCGGCCAGGAAACGGCAGGUCACGAAGUGGUUCCGACACGCUCAGCCAGCCAAGCGGUUACAGUGGUUCGGCUGCUGGGCCGCGGUGGAACACCCCGAGCGUUGACUCGGACGGUGGGGACAGCAACUCCAGGGAGUACUUCACACUCCCUCCAAGGGUACACAACCAGCUCGGGGGCCGAAGAAUCAGUGAGGUAUCGUCCCAGUAUAGCCAAUACAGCUACCACCGCUUCAUCCACGGCGGCCGCCGCCACGGCCGAAACCACAGCAACGCCAGCGAGCUAUCCGCAGGCAGUGAUUCCGAGCUGGGCUCCCAGCACGGCAUCGGGUCCCCGCUCAUCGGCCCGACCGCCGCGGUAGAGCUGGGCAACGAGGGUCCCGUCCCGGAGCUACCGGGGUCGGACACCGAGACCGAGAGCAAUGGCGGCCGCCGACCCGGCCAGCCGCGCAGGCGGUCCUCGGGCGUCGUCUCGCCCUUGUCAACAACCUCGGUCAACAAGCCACCGCUGACACAUGCGAACGCGCGCCGGAGGGGGAAUAGUACUGUCAGCACCCUGGACGGGCAGAACGGCAGCGGAGGCAGGGGGAGGAGCGACAGCUCGGUGGCGACCGAGUCGCGGCUCGGCAGCAUCGACGAGUCCGCCACUACGGCUGCUGUGCCGGCGACGAACUCAAUGCAUGGGUACUUUGGUUCGCCGACGACAGCAGUGGGACAGACUGCAGCGGGCAGGGGGGAUGACUUCGACACGCCGCCUUUGCCUGGGUUUGUUUCCCUUGGACCCCCUCUUGCAGGGAGUCAAACGGAUCAUGGACAGGGCGGGAAGUGACCCCAAUAGGAUAUAAUAAUCUGGAUAGAUUAAUCGUGACAGGAGGAUCCUGGAGGCGGGUUUUAUACAGCAACGAAUCGGCGGCUCGUCUACAUAUCACACUUCGGCGCACUGCGAGGCUUCUCAGGGUCUCAAUACCAGCAUAUUCAUUUAGGAAAUCAGCGAUGGGUCUGGAGUUUCACGGGGUUUAUGGCUUCAUUGUUGAAAUCGCCUGCGGUAUUGAGUCGGCAUUUGGAAAGGGUAGAAUGACCUCUCCAUGUCGUCGUCGAUAAGCCGCUGUAAGGCUCUCGGUCUGCAUAUGGUUCCUUAGGUCCUGUUUUUGUUUAAAUCACACAGAGUUACUCGAAGCGUUUCAUAGAACAUUGGAUGCUGUGAAGACUUGAUCCGAAUAUCAGGCAAAAUGGGACACAAUCUUAUCUCUAUGAGUUUAUACUUGCAAGAUGUCUCCUACUCGAUCAACACCCGCGGAACGCCGACCCGAAGUGCACCCAGUGCUUCGGCUGCGUUCCCAUGGUAUCAGUCUAGAGCGGUCCAGGGCGUACGUCACAAUCUCUCAAAGACUGGCAAACGUUCCAACGGCGCAUCAACCUCUGACGUUGCACCGCCUUCGUACACUUUAUCGCCUUCCAUCUCCUUCCACUUAGCCCCGGUGGGGAAGUAGACCUGCCUCUUGGUCAAACCGGGGUAUAGAAUGGGAGCAACGAGGUACUUUCCACCAAACAUGUACUCAUCCUCCACCUCCCAAGCCUGGUCAUCCUUGGGGAACUCCAAGAACAACGCUCUGAUCAGAGGCGUGCCAGUCUUGCUUGCCUCCGUCAUCAAGUCCCUGACGUAGUCCCUCAGGGUCUCCCUGAGCUUGAGGUACCGCUCGAGAAUCGCGCCAACCUUCUCCCCGUACGACCACACCUCGUUAUCCGCACCUGACGGGCACCUGCCGCCCCCGGUGUUAGAAAGAGGCGGCUUGUUCGGGUACCUGUCGCCGUGGAGGCGGAACACGGGCAGGAAGACGCCCCACUGGAACCACCUCACAAGCAGCUCCCUGAAGCCCUCGUCCUUUGGGUCCCCGCCGUGGAAGCCACCGAUGUCCGUCGUCCAGUGCGAGAUGCCCGCGAUGCCCAUGUUCAGGCCCGCUGCGAGCUGGUUGCGCAGGCUGCCCCAGCUGCUCGCAAUGUCGCCACUCCAGACCAGCGCGCCGAACUUCUGGCUACCCGCCCACGCGCACCGCACGAGGUUAACGGUGUUGGGCUCGCGGCCCUGGAACCGCCCGCUGCCGUCCUUUGCGGUGGCGCCCUCGUAGAAUGCCUGCGAGUAGCUGCGCGGGUAGAUAUUUCCCACGGCGAGCGAAGGCCCCAGGUGGUACCGCCAGUUGUCAAAGUCGUACUGCUGGUACUCAGGCUCCGCUUCGUCGAGCCAGAACAGACGGAUCCCGUACUGCCCGUAGUUCUUGGCGGCCUUGGACCAGACAUACUUCUGCGCGUCGGGCUUCGUCGCAUCGAAGUGCGUCGUGUUGGCCUGGAAAUCCAUGACGUGCCUGAACCCGCGCUCGCUGCGGAUCAGCAAGCCCUUCUCCAGCAUCUCCGCCCAGUUCUCGCUGUCGGGCUCGACGGUCGGCCAGAUCGAUACCAUCGGCUCGAUGCCAAGCGACCUCAACUCGUCGCACAUUGCUUGCGGGUCCGGCCAGUAGUCCUUGUCGAAAGACCAUUCGCCCUGGGCGCGCCAGUGGAAGAAAUCGAUGACGAGGACGUCGAGGGGCAAGUCCCGCCGCUUGUAUUCCCGCGCCACCUGCAGCGUCUCCUCCUGCGUCUGGUACCGCAGCUUACUCUGCCAGAACCCGAGGCCGUACUCGGGCAUCAUUGGGGGUUUACCAGUUACGGCGCAAUAUGCCUCGACGAUCUUCUUGGGAGAAUCGUCCACCACGAUCCAGUAGUCAAGUUUCUUGGUGCUUGACGCAGAAAAUGACAUGGUAUUCGUGCCCAGCACCGCCCUCCCGAUGCUGGGGUUGUUCCAGAGCAGUCCGUAUCCCAGGCUGCUGAGGAGAAACGGCACACUCGCCUGGCUGUUGCGGUGGGCCAGCUCUAGAUCCGUCCCCUUCAGGUCCAAAUACGGCUGCUGAUACUGACCCAUACCGUAAAGCUUCUCCUUCUUGGAGACCGACUCCAGUCGCAGUGUCAGUUCAUAGUCCCCGCCGGUGAUGGGCUUGAAAUCGCGCGCCUGUAUGUACAACGCUGAGGCCUUGGGGUCGCGCACAUCAUCCCGGUUGCGCAUGUAUUCCUCCAGGACGAGCUGGCCCGUCUUGGUGUUAUGUAUCGUGAUCUUACCCGCCCGAGAGACCGUGGCGUGGACCAGCCCGUUGGUGAUGGUUGCUUGCUCAUCGCCGAUCUUGAUCUCAGGAUUCAGCUCGGGCACAGGCUCAUCAAGUGCCCAGUCCUCUGUGGGCAUGGUGUCGCUCUUGGUCGAGCGGACCCGGAGUGCAUUAGGCCCCCAUGGCUCGAGGUUGAGAACCUCGUGGUCGUAGGUGUAAGUGAGGCGGUUUCCGUCUUGUGUCAACAUCUUUCUUGGUCUGCACGGG